GUAAGCUCUGAGAGGGGGGGGAACCUUUUGUUCCAGGCGGAACUCGGAUCGUGGGAGCCAGUAACCCGGAAGCAGGCGGCGGCUCAAGAUGGCGGAGACUCACUGCUUGCAAGACCUAAGACAGAACACAGCAUUGACAUCUAAAGUCUUCAUUCAGAGAGACUACUCCAGUGGGACUGUGUGCCAGUUUCAGACUAAAUUCCCGUCAGAGUUGGAGAACAGGAUUGAUCGGCAGCAGUUUGAAGAAACUAUCAGGGUAUUAAACAACCUUUACGCAGAGGCUGAGAAGGUUGGGGGACAGUCCUACGUGGAGGGCUGUUUAGCAUGCUUGACUGCGUACACCAUCUUCUUGUGCAUGGAGACCCAUUACGAGAAGGUGUUGAAAAAGAUUGCCAAAUACAUCCAGGAACAGAAUGAGAAGACGUAUGCACCACGAGGCCUUGUCAUAGUCGAUCCAAUUGAAAGAGGAUUGAGAGUUAUUGAGAUCUCCAUUUAUGAAGACAGAAAUUUCAGCAGUACAAGAUGAAGUGCAGAGAAGCUAAGUGGGACCAAGGCUGUAAAGGAUACAGACCAUUUCUGCUGGGUAUCAUUUCUGUACUGAACACGUACCCUACCUCAUCUCUGGACUAUCAUUCCACAAAAUCUUGAGGACCUUGGUGCCACUUUAAACAUUGGAUGUUUUGCAGUCUGCUGUAUCUCAAAUAAUGUAUGCUAUGUGAGGGGUAGGUUGGUGUAAGCAAAUAACUAUUGUGAUCAAAUUAGUUUCUUUCUGAAAUGUUUUCUUCAAAAAAAUCAAAACAAUUUCUAAAUUAACAUUACUAGAAGACCACUGAAAGAGUUGAAGGAAAUGUUUGGAGGUGGACAGUCGUGAUAUUCUCUGGUAGCUUAAGUUGAUCGGUGUCUGAAGCCUUGGAUAUUUAUCCAUUAUGAAUGAAAGAUGCUUUUGUUUCUUGGUGUGUUGGGACAAGUGAAUAUACCAGUGCAAUAUAUUUAGCCCUGAGAGACUGGAGAUUUUUGAUGCCUAAAUCAAAACUCUCAUUUGGUUUAACUGAUUUUUAAUUCCACCAAGCUGUGUCCACUUGGCUUGGCAGGCAAGGUCACUACCAUGGAGAUCAUGCUGUCAAAUCUAGGGGGUCCCAGGGGAGCUGGAGAAUCUCGGCUGAGGCUUUUUGAAAGGGCAGAAAACAGUGUCCAACGUUAGUUGGUUCGGGUUCUGGGAUCUCGGUCCCUGAUGGACCUGGUUGUCCAAGUUUUGUAUCGGAUCAGGUUAAAUUGGGACAUGAUUAAAGCCUUGGAACAAUUAGCAGCUGAGCUGAGUGAUCCUAUAGUUUAGCGUGAGGUGACACCUGCUGAGAAGUGCACUGAACAGAUUGAAGUUAGCAACAAGUGGAAGAACGUGCCUUAUGCAAUUGAGAAAAAUGAAAAUUUGGGCUACUUCAGGAUAUUUGUAGCAGUAUAUUGCUGAAUAGAAGAAGAAUCUGGUACAGAGCAUGCUUCACAACUGAAGACAGUAGAAGUGAUCAAGAAGCAUCUCAACUACGAAUAUAAAAUGUUCAGCAAUAUCUUGUUGGCCACCAAACUAUGUAUAUGUUGGCACAGAUCCCAUUAGUGGUUUCUUUACUGACGCAAACAAUUCAGAUUUUUAUAAAGCCUCCUGGGAGUGUUCUCAGUAUAAGAUUCCAUGUUGGCAAAUGCUAGAGGCACCACCACAAGUGGAUAUUGCAUUACAAGAUUGAGUUGGCUGAUAGGGAUAUAGUGCAAGGAAAGGAUGAGUUUACAGAGAAAUAAAUGCUUUGCUGGAGAUUUUCAAGCUUUGUGUGUGACUAUGUAAUGAAAGGUUGAAUGCUUUCUUGCAGAAACAGACACUUUGCCAACUUGAAUUGUACAUUUUCCUUUGCUGAGCAAGAUACUUUGCUCCUCUAGUCUGCUCAUGUCACUGUUGACUAUUUCACCACCUCUCCCACCACCAUCUAUCAUGUGUAUGGCCAAAACAACGAGGAAUUCCAACAACAAUUUGCAAGAUCAUCACAAAUGGAGUUUUGAAGACCAAGAGCAGUCACAGAAACAUGCAAAUGCAUUUCAAAAAAUUUAGGAUGGAGAAAUCAGUACUGUUAGUGGUUAAUAACUUAUUAGUGCACUGUCUUUAUGUGUAGCUUUUGGCUACUUGGGCUUAUUUCCCAGGGUCCCCGUGUGGCUUGGUAAAAUUAGCUAAUUUACAUGUUUGUGUACUUGUGUUUCUCUUGCAGUAUAAUAAUGUAGUUUGUGACAACUUCAACGUCUUCUAAAUCUGCUGAGUUUAUAAACAUUUGAUAUAAUUGACGUUUUUUAUAGUCAUUGCUAAGGCUUUCAGAGAAAUAAAAUGUGUGAAAACGCUGGUUGUACUUUGUCACAAACCAAACUGUUCAGCAUUGUGCGGACUGUUCUGAGCAGUUUUGCUGCUUGUUAGUGCAUCUAAAGAAAAAUACAAAGCCUGACCUUGAUCCUGUGCGAAUAAUUUGAACAGAAUCCGAGACAAUUUGCUGUCAAUCAUGUCUGACACUAAAUCUGACCUUGUAUGACCUCAGGAGUGCAAAGGGAAGAGGUUUGAGUUGUGCAGUGGAGUAGAACGAACAAAAUGCUGACCUUUGCAGUUGCAAAAACGUGUGUUUCAAUCCAGCUCAGACAGGCAGACUGGAGGUCUGUUCAGGGUGACUGUGAAGGGGAAACUAGGUUGGUUGAUGGGUGGGGGGGGAUGGUGUGGAUCUUGUUCCCAGUGGACACAUGUCCACACUACAAAAAUGGCUGUAAUUUGACUGGCACUAAUUGGGCAAUCUCGCUCUGAGAGGCCACAGGCAGGGUCAGCAGAAAUCAACAGGAGAUUUUUUGUUUAAAAACCUGCAGGACUUUUGAGUUUAACUCUCCAUUGGUGUGCACUCUGUUUAUUUUCAAAGAUGUUACAUAACUUAUUAAAAGAACAAAGCAGCAAAUACUCACUAUGUUGAUAAUUCUUCCCACAAAAUGAUGUUGAUUCAGUUUUGGCAUUUUAUUUUUACUUUGUCUGAGCUUUUGAUAGGAAUCAUCAAAUGUCUGGGAGGUUAUGAAUUGUUUGUCCCGACCUUAACACAUUUUCCUCUGGAAUUGCACUUGUCUGUUAUGGUAUUAGAUUUUGUUAAUUCAUAAAACGGUUUAAGUUUUUACACUACCAGUGUUGCCUGGUUGAGAGUUUUGAUCUGUGACAAAGGCUUAUUUGACUGGUGGCCCAGAGGGGAGCAGAGGUGAUGUGGUUAGUAGAAAUCUCUGCGUUGCUGUGAAUUUGAUGGGAAUUGGUUUGUGGCUAGUGUGUCAGAAUGUUUUUGUUAUCUCAGCCUGGGAGCGUUUGCAAAUAUAUUUGGAAGAUGAACUUUGCCCUCCAAAACUGAAAUUCCUUGAGCUUUUACACCUUCUUUAUUACAAAAGAAAGUUAUCCUGAAAAAUAGAGUAUAAACAUCAUGGCCAAAUUGAUAGUUCAUUUCCAUGUAGCUUGUUUAUCUUUGAGACAUCAGUUUUUGAAAGAAGAUAUUCCAAAGGAGUUGAAGGCUGUCUCUUUGGGCACUUGUUUUAGGUCUUUGAGAAAAUUUCAGAAAGGCACAAUCGAAUAAUGUGAAGCUGAGUUUUUGCAUUUCUGAUAUGCUUUGGUCUUCUUAUGAAAAUUAGCUGGCAUAGGUGCCAGUGAUAACAUUAAAUGCUGUGCAACAGGUGCCUUUACAAGUUAUGCUGUUAACGUAAAUCUGCAUUUAAAAUGUACUGCCCUGGAGUCAUGGCACUUCAAUUAAAGAAAAGGCUAACUGCCUAUCUUUUAGGGAAUUCAAUCAGCUUGCAACUCAUUCCAUAAGUGACAGCGACAAGCAAGAGAUAUUAAAUCCUGCAUGCAGUUUUAAUAUGUCUGACAGAUCCGAAACCACAUUGAUUUUGAAGAAGUCCAGAAAUAGUUAACUCCACAAAGAAAUAGCCAACUUCACAACUACUUUUCUGAUCUAGUGGUAGGUGAGGUAUAGAAACACUUCUGACUUUAGACCACUAUUCUGAUUUGUGUCUUCCGAUCUUUGAGGAUAUAAGCACUGCCUAGAAUCUGUUGGACUGCUCCUUGUGAAGGCAGAGGUAAUAAAUUAUUGCUUAGUUUUGUUUUUAGAAGUCGACCUUUUUAAAGCUUGCUGUCUUGCUCUGUUUGUGGAGCACACCUGAAACUUGUUUCCCAGGGAGUGGAGGCAACAAUUAGAUACAGAAAUAGGGCCACUGCCCCUUGUACUUCAAUUCAAGUGUGACCUUCACAUAUGUUAACAUGCUAGGUUGACAGUACUUAGAUUUCAGUUACAUAACCAAACUGGGUGUGCUGGUUGCAAAUUUUAAAUCCAAGUGUGCUAGUUGAUGAGACUAGAUUCCUAGCAGUUUUUUAAAUGGAAACCAAUGUGAAAUAGAGGAGCACUUUUCUUAACCUGCAGAUUUGAUUUGAAGCCCUGAUGUUGGGAUGGUGGCACUGUUACAGAGGCAAGGCAAAGGACAGAGGGAGUUUUGAGACUUUUAAAAGAAACAAAGACAAAAAGCCACACCUAUUUAUACAACAUAAUCUGUAUGAGUACCACUCCACCUGGCAUUGAAUUUAAUUUAGAGGUAGAAUAACUAUGGUGUAUGAAAAUGCGCUGUGAAAUCUUUGACAAUUGUUCAAUAACUUUAGUGAAAUUAGUGCGCCACCUUCUGAAACCAACCAUUACGCAAAGAAAAUCUCUUUUUAUCGUGUGCUGUCUCUCAAAUGUUUUGGAUCUAUUUUAUUACUGUAUGCUGGGGUCAAACAUGCUGUUUUUAAACCUGUCCUUUGAUACAAAUUCACUUGCUUGUUAAUAUAUUGGUUUUUGUUUUCUAUCUUUAUUGAUUAAAAGAAAUAAAAUGCUUCUACAAAA